GCCGAACAAACCCAUCCAUAGAGUUAUAGUUGAGGGGUGAACAAAACUUUUAGGUAAAAGUUGCUUUCCUUCUUAGCUGUCCCUUUGGGCCAUCAUUGGGGUUCAGCAAUUCGAAAAAACGAUUCGGUGGUGUGUUGCCUUACCUUAUAGACAACCAGCAGCGCCAUUUGACUAAAGGUUCGUGUGUUGGGGAAGGAGGAGGACCCUUCACUUUCUUCAGUCUGCCUCCGACCGCCGGGCUGUUGGGACGCGUCUAAAAUAUUUCGGUCGAACAAACAAGUUGAUGGUCUGGUCUCCGGUUAUUAGUCGUCGUUUUAAUUAUGGUGUGUUGAACAAAUUUCGUGAUUGUGUGAACAUUUCUCCCGACCGAACUGACCGUUCAAUUGACAAAACAAAAUGUGCGCUAAUAAGGCGAAGGUGUUGUUAGGUACCAUGAUGGUCUUCGUGAUGAUGGCCAUGGGUUUGAUCGUUCCUGUGAGCGCCGAAAUUCGAUGCCCGUCCAGGUGUCUCUGCUUCCGUUCGACCGUCCGCUGCAUGUUCCUCGAACUGGAUCAAGUCCCGGCCGUCCCGCCCAACACCACCAUCCUGGAUUUACGUUUCAACCGAAUCAGGGACAUCGGACCCGACACGUUCCGUGACAUGAAGCAACUAAACACGCUGCUGUUGAACAAUAAUCACAUCAAUCAACUGCAGAAGGGCGUCUUCAACGGCCUCAAAGAGCUCAGAUACCUGUACCUCUACAAGAACCGCAUCAAGGAGAUCGACAAGCAUACAUUUCACGAUUUGCCAAAGUUGGAACAGCUGUAUCUCCAUUUCAAUCAGAUCGACCACCUCGACCCGGAGACCUUCUCAAACGUCCCGUCUCUGGAACGACUAUUUCUGCAUAACAACAAACUACAGCGCAUACCCAGCGGUGCCUUCCACAACAUGGAGUCGCUCAAGAGACUGCGAUUGGAUAGCAACGCGCUCAUUUGUGACUGCCAGAUUUUGUGGCUGGCCAAAAUGCUCAACGAGAAACAAGGGACGACCCUGGCUGCGGCCAUCUGUCAGUCGCCCGAUCAGCUCGUCGGCCGGUCCGUGACUUCCCUCAUCGAGGAAUUCAAUUGCAAAAAGCCAGUCCUUACCGAGGAGCCCACCGACGUGGAAAUCACCUUCGGCGGGACCGUCUAUUUCACCUGCAAAGCGGAAGGUGAUCCCGAGCCGGAAAUCUCGUGGCUCUACAACAAUAAUGAAAUCAGUCCCGAUCAGGAUCCCAAAUACCAAGUCCUUCAAGACGGGACUCUAAUGAUCGAAAAUGCCACAGACAGCGAUAUGGGCUCUUACGAGUGCAUGGCCAAGAGUCCGGCCGGCGAAGUCAAAUCCCGUUCCGUCCACAUGAAACCCAUCACGGCCGCCAGUACCAGCAGCUCUAGCGUCCACAAUCCCGCUAAAGUGAAACCCAAAUUUGUCGUGACACCUGAAGAUGUCGACGUGCAGGACGGCUCGUCGGCCCGGCUGGAUUGCGAAGUCACCGGUCUUCCCAGACCGGUUAUCACCUGGACGUUCAACGACGGGCCGGUUGAUCGCCAAAGAACAGAAUUGCUGGCCAGCGGUGGACUGGUCAUCAGGCAGGUGAGGCAACGUGACGCUGGAACGUAUCGAUGCACCGGCGGCAACUCCCUCGGCAAGAUAUCAGCACCUGCCCAGUUAAGGGUCCUCAGUGGACCGGUGUUUAGUGACUGGCCACGUGACCAGACGACCUUCGAGGAGGCAACAGUCGAGAUGGGAUGCUCGGCCGACGGUUAUCCAGCGCCAGGACUCGUUUGGACUAAAGACGGAGCGCCUUUGGUGCCGGACGCCAGGACGGCCAUCGGAUUGACUCGCAUCCGCAUCGAGCGGGUCCAGCUGAGCGACCAGGGACGAUACCGGUGCACAGUUUCCAAUCAAGUGGCCACGCUGGAAGCGGAAGCUCUGUUGACAGUCACUCCAUCCGCCAGACCCACUCCUAGUCCGUCCAGAUCCGGUGGUUCUUCGCAGUCCAGCCAGUCGGGCAGUCGUCGAGCUCCGUUCUUCGUCCGAGUGCCCGACUCUGUCGAAGUUCUUUCCGGCAACUCUGUGGAGAUGAUCUGCCUGGCGGAUGGCAAUCCGGCGCCGACCAUCGUCUGGCGCAAGGACGGCCAGAACAUGCGCCAAUCACCUCACGUCACUCCGAUGGGCAACGGCAGUCUCAUCUUCCGUCACGUCGAGCUCAGCGACGAAGGCACUUACGAGUGCACGGCCUUGAACGAGAUGGGCGUGGUCGUGGCCCGCGCCCGGAUGAGGGUCAGAGAACGUCGUCAUGUGAGUAAUCGAUUGGUCCUGUCGGCCGUCGAAGAGGCUCGCCGGGCUGUCGAUAGGGCCGUCAAUGAAACGAUCGCCGCUUUGUUCAAUCGCGACCGCUCAUCUCGGCUGACUCACAGCGAGCUCAUCCGUCUCAAUCGAUUCCCCACGGCGACGGCCCGUGAAAUAGCCCGGGCCGCUGAAGUCUACGAGCGAGCCCUGGCCGUUGUCCGCCGCCACAUUGAAAGCGGACACCAAUUCAACGUCACUCGGGAAUUCUCCUAUGAGGAUGCGCUGAGUCCGCAGCAGCUGGAACUCAUAGCCAACGCUUCCGGCUGUCUGACUCACCGCCGGAAGCCGGAUUGCAACGACAUGUGCUUCCAUUCCAAGUACCGAACGUUUGACGGCACUUGCAACAAUUUCCAGCAGCCGCUCUGGGGCUCUUCCUACUCCGGAUUCCGGCGGAUCCUCAAACCCAUCUACGAAAACGGGUUCAACCUGCCCGUCGGCUGGAGCCGCAACACCAACUACCACGGAUUCACCAAGCCCAGCGCCCGAUUAGUUUCGACCCGGGUCAUCACGACGACCCAAACGACUUCGGACGAGGUUUUCACCCACAUGCUGAUGCAGUGGGGUCAAUUUCUGGAUCACGAUCUCGAUUUGGCCGUGCCCGGAAUGUCCGCCGAAAGCUUUGGCGAAUUCGUCGACUGCCGAUCGUCUUGCGACUAUUCGGCCCCGUGUUUCCCCAUCGAAGUGCCGCCCAACGACCCGAGGAUCCGCCAUCACCGCUGCAUGGAAUUCGUCCGCAACAGCGCCGUCUGCGGCUCAGGCGCCACUUCGGUUCUUUUGAACAACAUGCUGCCCAGGGAGCAGAUCAAUCAACUGACAUCUUACAUCGAUGCAUCUCAAGUCUACGGGUCCACCGACAGGGAGGCCCGUGAAUUGAGAGAACUGCACGGGAACAGCGGCCAUCUGAGACGGGGCUUAUUGACCGAAACGGGUGGGCCCUUGUUGCCUUUCGCCACGCCCAACACUCCGGUCGAUUGCAAACGCGACAGGGAAGAAAGUGAAAUCGGGUGUUUCCUGGCCGGAGACGUUCGUGCUAAUGAACAGACUGGGUUGCUGGUCAUGCACACGUUAUGGUUCCGGGAGCACAACCGGGUCGUCGACGAAUUGCGGGUCAUCAAUCCGCACUGGGAUGGAGACAUGCUCUACCACGAAGGCCGGAAAAUUCUCGGGGCCGUCAUGCAGCACAUCACGUACGAGCAUUGGCUGCCGCUCAUCAUCGGCCGUGAAGGGAUGGCCCUGAUGGGCCACUACAAGGGAUACAAUCCGCAAACGGACGCCAGCAUUUCCAACGUCUUUGCAACGGCCGCACUCCGCAUGGGUCACGGUCUCAUCCAGCCGGUGCUUCAGCGGCUCAACGCCAGUUUCUUGCCCAUCCCUCAGGGCCACUUGCUACUCCAGGACGCUUUUUUCGCUCCCUGGAGACUGGUGGAACAAGGCGGAGUCGAUCCUAUCCUUCGAGGUCUUUUCGCCGGGCCAGCCAAAGUUCGAUUGUCUGAUCAAUUACUCAAUUCCAAUUUGACGGAGAGCCUCUUCCGUCCUGCCCAUCUGGUGGCUCAAGAUCUGGCGGCUCUCAACAUCCAAAGAGGUCGAGACCACGCCCUGCCCGGCUACAACGACUGGCGUCGCCACUGCAAACUGUCUGUUGCCGAAACGUUUGACGAUCUUCAGGCCGACAUCGGCAGUCAAGUGUUGAGGGAAAAACUCCAACAACUCUACGGCCAUCCGAGUAACGUGGAUAUUUGGGUGGGAGGAAUGGCAGAGAAUCCGAUCAAUGGCGCUAAAGUUGGCCCAACUUUCCAGUGUUUGCUGGCCGAACAAUUCCGUCGCCUGAGGGACGGCGACAGAUUUUGGUACGAAAAUCCUGGCGUUUUCAAACCGGAACAGCUGACUCAGAUCAAACAAUCCUCGCUGGGUCGAGUCAUUUGCGACAGCAGCGACGACAUACUCGAAGUGACGAAGAACGUCUUCAAGAUGCCCAAUCUUCAGUCGCCAAAUUUCGUCGCAUGCAGUCACAUUCCUAAAGUCGAUUUGAGGUUCUGGGCCGAGUGUUGCCAUGAAUGCAGUAGUGCUGGGCAAUUCAACUCUAUUACGCGCCGGACGAAGCGCUCUCUCGAUCACUCGUACCCGGAAGAUAAACCUUCGUACGGAGAAGCUUCCAUCCUGUCGCUGACGUCAUCGACUUCCGAUACUUUUUACAACAAUUCCAUCCCGGGCGAUGAGGAGCCCGUUUCGUCCCGCAGACGAGUGGAACCCCAAGUCUUCCACUCUGAGCAAACGGAACAGCAGGACGAACGGAUCGAAGGACUCGAAGCCAUGAUGGCCAAAAUGCAACGAGCUCUUAAAAAAAUGGCCAGGAAGCUGAAGCAUGUGGAGAAUUUGUGCCUUGACAAGCCUGCGGCAAGCAGGAGGAAACACGGGUCGAAGAAUUCUCAAACGAAUUGCCAGGACAGCGAUGGCAUCUCGUGGAAAACUGGAGAAUCGUGGGAGAAAGACAAGUGCACCGAGUGCAGCUGCCAGGGGGGAUUCAUUCGUUGCACGACCUUGCAAUGCCCAGUCUGCGAGAACCCCCGCCAAGUUGAAGGCGAAUGUUGCCCGCUGUGUGACGUUGAGUGAUGAUGGGUUGAUGUGAUGACCGGAAGGCUCCCCCGGAAGAUGUGAACCACCUUUGAAUUGCGUGGCGUAAUAUGGUCAGUUGUUUUAUUUUGUAUACAUUAAAAGAAAAAACGAGAAAUGUGAGCGACUUUCCAGUGAUUUUCUACUCAUCAAACGAACCAAACAACGGUCGCAAAAAAACGAAAAAGUUCAACAAUUCCAAAAGUUGAUGCGAUGAAAUGAAUUUUUUCAAUCGCAACAGUUGAAAGAGUUAUUUUGUCUUUUCUAGUUUUUUUUUCAGCAGCUAAAUGUUUUCAAAUGCCAAUCCUGUUUUUUUGAAAUUUUCAAAUUUCUCCCUUCAUCUUUAUAUAAAUAUAGCUGGGGCUGUUGUUUUAAUGUUUUUUUUGUGUGUGUGUGUGUAUUUCAAAUGUUAUUGCGUUAUUCAUUUCAUCGCUUCUUGCCACUCCUCCAGUAGUGUAUAGCAGAUUGGGCGCUUCACACUCGUGUUAUUUCUUUGUUUGAUGUUGUUGAGAAACCACACACUCGAUUGCGAGAAUUCCGACGUCGCCUUAAUGGUGUUGACAUGAUUUGUGUUUGGCGUGGAGUGAAUGAAUGAUGUUUGGUUUCAAAGGAUCAAUAAACAUUUGGCUCAUUUCA